GCCGAGUGUGAGCAGGGGGCUGGAACCUUCUGUCGGCUCAGAUGAAGUAAAAGAAAGAAAUGGAGAAGUUGCUUAGGGAACUUUGGAGCUGAAGUGGAUUUACUCUGGUUUCCUUUAACUUGCUGGAUUACUAACUUUAGGCUUUCCGGCUCGAACUCGUAUUUUGUUUUUUCUGUGUUAAUGUGCUGACAGGACGGUGCUAACAAACUAUGGCUGACAUCAGCUGUGCUAUUGCCUAGCAACAGGAGCCCUGCUGAAAGCCCCACUUGUCUUCCUCUGGUAAACAUGGCAGCAGCGACCCACACACACACACACACAGCGAGCAGUGCGUAGGGAAGCUUAGCUUAGCCUCACCCGAGCUCUCAACAUGGAGGAGCAGGACGCAGCGGCCGACCCCUACUUGCCCUACGACGGGGGAGGGGACACCAUCCCCCUGCAGGAGAUCCCGAGAAAAGGGUCUAACUACGCCAUGUCUAACGGGGGCGGACCCGCCAGCAGCUCCACUCACCUGCUGGACUUCCUCGAGGAGCCCAUCCCCGGUGUGGGGACCUACGAUGACUUCCACACCAUCGACUGGGUGCGAGAGAAGUGCAAGGACCGUGAGAGACACCGGAAGAUCAACAGUAGGAAAAAGGACUCAGCAUGGGAGUUCACAAAGAGCCUGUACGAUGCCUGGUCCGGGUGGCUGGUGGUGACGCUCACCGGCCUGGCCUCAGGUGCUUUGGCUGGCCUUAUUGAUAUUGCUGCUGAUUGGUUGAACGACCUGAAGGAGGGCGUGUGUCUGAGCGCCAUGUGGUUCAACCACGAGCAGUGCUGCUGGACGUCCAAUGAGACCACCUUCGCUGAGCGGGACAAGUGCCCCCAGUGGAAGAGCUGGGCUGAGCUAAUACUGGGGCAGGCCGAGGGCCCCGGCUCGUACAUCAUGAACUACUUCAUGUACAUCUACUGGGCUCUGUCCUUCGCCUUCCUGGCCGUGUGUCUGGUGAAGGUGUUCGCGCCGUACGCCUGCGGCUCUGGGAUCCCUGAGAUUAAAACCAUCCUCAGCGGGUUUAUCAUCCGGGGCUACCUGGGCAAGUGGACCCUGAUGAUCAAGACCAUUACUCUGGUGCUGGCUGUGGCGUCCGGCCUCAGCCUGGGGAAAGAGGGGCCCUUGGUGCACGUGGCCUGCUGCUGUGGGAACAUCUUCUCCUACCUCUUCCCCAAGUACAGCAAGAACGAGGCCAAGAAACGAGAGGUUCUCUCUGCGGCGUCGGCGGCCGGUGUGUCUGUGGCUUUUGGAGCCCCGAUAGGAGGAGUUCUCUUCAGCUUAGAGGAGGUGAGCUACUACUUCCCUCUCAAGACGCUGUGGCGCUCCUUCUUCGCCGCCCUGGUGGCGGCCUUCGUCCUGCGCUCCAUCAACCCCUUUGGAAACAGCCGUCUGGUGCUGUUCUAUGUAGAGUACCACACGCCGUGGUACCUGUUUGAGCUCAUCCCCUUCAUCCUCCUGGGCGUGUUCGGAGGUCUCUGGGGAGCCUUCUUCAUCAGAGCCAACAUCGGCUGGUGCCGGCGGCGCAAGUCAACACGCUUCGGAAAGUACCCGGUGUUGGAGGUGAUCCUUGUGGUCGUCAUCACAGCUGUGGUUGCUUUCCCGAACCCGUACACGCGCCAGAACACCAGCGAGCUGAUAAAGGAGUUGUUCACCGACUGCGGCCCCCUGGAGUCCUCGCAGCUCUGUCAGUACCGCAGCCAGAUGAACGGCAGCAAAGCCUUCACUGACAACCCCAACCGGCCGGCAGGGCCCGGCGUCUACGCCGCCAUGUGGCAGCUCUGCCUGGCGCUCAUCUUUAAAAUCAUCAUGACCAUAUUCACAUUUGGACUCAAGGUUCCGUCGGGCCUGUUCAUCCCCAGCAUGGCCAUCGGGGCGAUAGCAGGGAGAAUCGUUGGCAUUGCCGUGGAGCAGCUGGCGUAUUACCACCACGACUGGUUCCUGUUCAAAGAGUGGUGCGAGGUGGGGGCUGACUGCAUCACUCCGGGGCUGUACGCUAUGGUGGGGGCUGCAGCAUGUCUGGGCGGUGUGACUCGAAUGACCGUCUCCCUGGUGGUCAUCGUCUUUGAGCUGACGGGCGGGCUGGAGUACAUCGUCCCGCUCAUGGCUGCCGUCAUGACCAGCAAGUGGGUGGGUGACGCGUUCGGCCGCGAGGGAAUCUACGAGGCCCACAUCCGUCUGAACGGAUACCCCUUCCUGGACGCCAAGGAGGAAUUCACUCACACCACGCUGGCCAGGGAGGUGAUGAGGCCACGACGCAGCGACCCGCCGUUAGCGGUGCUGACGCAGGACGACCUGACUGUGGAGGAGCUGCAAGGCAUCAUCAACGAAACCAGUUAUAAUGGUUUCCCUGUGAUAGUGUCCAAGGAGUCCCAGAGGCUGGUGGGCUUCGCUCUGCGUAGGGACAUCACCAUCGCGAUAGAAAACGCCCGUCGUAAGCAGGAGGGCAUCGUGCUGAACUCCCGGGUGUACUUCACUCAGCACGCACCCACCCUGCCGGCCGACAGCCCGCGGCCCCUCAAGCUGCGCUCCAUCCUGGACAUGAGCCCCUUCACCGUCACCGACCACACCCCCAUGGAGAUCGUGGUGGACAUCUUCAGAAAGCUGGGCCUGCGCCAGUGCCUGGUCACUCACAACGGGAUUGUGUUGGGCAUCAUCACAAAGAAGAAUAUAAUAGAGCAUCUGGAGGAGCUCAAGCAGCACGUGGAGCCCCUGGCGGCUGCUUGGUAUCGUCACAAAAAAAGAUAUCCUUCGUCACAUGGCGCAAAUGGCAAACCAAGAUCCCGAGUCCAUUAUGUUCAACUGAUCUGCUCCUUCCAGGACGGGGACGACAGCAAGAAGGAGGAGGAGGAGGAGGAGGUGCGUCUCCUGGACGACUCCAGUCUCUGACAUUAGAUCUUUUUGUUUUAAACCCUGAACCUCGCUGACGGACUGAGACUUUUACUGAGCGGCCACUAGAGGGAAAAGACUUAUCGUUGUGGCUGCUGAGGACACGAGGAGGUCACGGGUUGAAGGCGCACACACACACACACACGAGGAAUGCACUUUUUACACACUUACACAGAUACAUUGAACAUGCAUGCUCUCUCUCUCUCUCUCCACACACACACCUGUAAAGUGGACAGCUUCACUCGUCACGUGCCUCACCCCUGUCUUGUCUCAGUGGUGGGCGUCGCCUGGCAAGGGGGUCAAAGGUCAGAAUGAACCGCCGAUCGGAGGACGCGAUGAGCGACCUUGAAAACCUCCCAGGCUUCAAAAACUGUCCUCACCCCCCCCCACCCGUCCUCCAGAAGAUGUUUACCUGUGAAUUCAAUGUGUGUGUUAGAAUGUGUGCGUUUGUGUCCACUACAUUCCAGCCAGGUUACCGUGGUAACCGCGAGGACGUUGGGUCUAGUUGAGACGGCUUUAACGAGCGUGGGACGAAGAGUCUUUCAACAACUACAAUGUUCCCAUUCAGAGGGAAGAGAGUGUGCGUGUGUCGUCAUUCAAAGUGAACGUGUCCGGCUUCCAUUUUGAAAUCUGUUACAGGAAGAAAAAAAAUCAAAGAUCCUUUUUUCAUCUCAAACUAUUUACUCUCGCUGCGACUUUUAAACCUUUGAUCUUCUGCUGUGAUCCAUUCACGGCUUCAAAACAAAACAGAACUGGACACGUGCACCGUUGUUAGUGGAUCAGGUGAAAGAUGGAGACAUGGGGACAUCUUCUUGUCUUUUAUUUUGCUAGCCUCUGAAAAUAUAACGUUAUUUCCUAAAGAUGUGAGCAAACGGGAAAUGUUGGUCUUAUCAUCUCGUCAAAAUAAAAGCCCAGACAGACGCUGUGUUAUACUCCGUGUUUUACGCCUUUUCCACCACAUUCACUUAAAUACUAUUUGUUACCGCUUCAGUCAGAGUCAGUGGAACUUCAGGCGUCAGACACGAUGUAGAUGGAAAACAGUUGAUUAACAAAACUAGAAAAUUGUGCUUAAAAUUUAAUACAGAACAUUGGAUACAUUUUCUAACAAAACCAUGUCAUUAAAUUUAGGUUUAGGUUAAUAAAGGCUAACAUCCAAUUAAAGAGACGACAUAUUAAACCAACCGACAACAAAUCUAAUUCUAAAUUUCUUGAAUGCUCAAACAACAGACAAAGAUCAAAGCUCUCCCUCAGAAACAUGCUCGCUCGUGACCUUCGAGCCGUCGGGGGGGGGGUUACAGAUGAGUAUUCUCAACAAGGAGCAAUUAUCUAUAUGUUGAUGAUAAUUCAUAAAACUCUUCCGCAAGUUGAAACAUUACUUUAUCUGGAUUCAAAGUGCUACUGUUUCUAUGGUUCGUCUUUAUUCUCAAAAUGCAAGAUCUUAUUUAUUUGUAAAUUUCAAAUGUAUUCUCCGUGUGCAGACUUGAAAAAUCACCUUUGAUUAGUUUACUCUCAAAAUGGAAAACAUACUUUUCCUUUAGUAAUUUUUUUUGUCCGACCUCACUACUCUUCUGUAUAGUAACGAACCUUCAAGCUCAAAAUUACUCAAUGAUUAUUUAAAAAAGAAAUUCCUGUCAUAUCCCGUCAAUCGUUUCGGGACCAUGAAGAUCAAAGUCAAAUGUGGCUGCACCUGCUCGCUGCCUUUGAUCUCGCUCAGUCUCGUGACUUCAUUUAAAGGUUUCCAGGCUCUUCACACUUGUCUUUAUUCUGAAAAGCUGAACAAACACCUGCUGCUCCCACUAAUUGUCCCCAGAGCAUGUUGUGACCCUUCAAAAUAAAAGCGAUGAAGAGGGGAUGGCACUAACUGUGGAUUCAUCCCGAGUCUCCGUGAACCAGUGGUGUUGCCUAACAUUGUAUUUCAUACUGAUCUCAAUGCUUUUUCCUUUCUUUAAUUUAUGGCUAGUGUCGAUAGAGUUGUGCAUUAUUAUCAAGAAUUUUAUGUAUGAUUACAUUGAUUGUUUGAUUGUACAUUUAAAAGAAAAUAUGUAAAGAUUAAAUUUUGUUUUAAAUUAAAAGGUGAAAAAAGA